CUUGUCUGUGAUCGACUAUUUCUGUCUGCCGUUGAUUACGUUGACUAGCAGCCCAAAGUAAUCGAACCCAGACGGAUUGAUGGAUUGAAAUUCAAAAACCAGCGCGAUUGUUUCUCCUUUAUCGAGUCUCAAAGUUCUUUGAAUGUUUUAUAUUUUAUACAGUUUGAUUCCUAUGUUCAAGUUACUGAUUACGUUAUGUCUACGAAGAAACUGGCCAAAGAACUUGGAUUACUGAGGCAGCGGAGUCAGUCUUCUAAUGGAUCAAAGAAAUCACUAACAUCAAAUCAAACCUUUUCAUACCUCAUUGUGAUUGAUUUUGAAUCAACUUGCUGGAGAGAGAAAAACAACUACAGCCAGGAAGUUAUCGAGUUUCCUGCUGUUCUGCUGAACACAUCCUCAGGGGAGAUAGAGUCUGAGUUUCACACUUAUGUUCAACCUCAAGAACACCCAAUGCUGUCCGAGUUCUGCACUGAGCUGACGGGGAUCACACAGGUGCAAGUUGAGGCAGGGAUCCCCCUUCAGAUCUGCCUUUCUCGGUUUAGCCGCUGGUUGCAAAAGCUUCAGCUGGAGAGGGGUGUGGUCUUUCUGAAAGGACAACAGAAACCUUCUACACCUUCUCAGAAACUCUGUACCUUUGUCACAUGGUCAGACUGGGAUCUUGGAGUGUGUUUGCAGUAUGAGUGUAAACGCAAGCAGCUCUAUAAACCGGAUGUGCUGAACAGCUGGAUAGACCUGAGGAGCACCUACAGGUUGUUUUAUGACAGGAAACCUAAAGGACUGAACGGGGCGCUGCAGGAUCUAGGAAUACAGUUUUCAGGAAGAGAACACUCGGGUUUGGAUGAUUCCAGAAAUACAGCUCAGUUGGCAGCGAGGAUGAUGAGGGAUGGUUGUGUGAUGAAGAUCACCAGGAGCCUGGUGAAGACUCCAUUAAUGGUUAAACCUGUGUUUGGAAACACAACUGCAGACAACAAGAAAGAAAAAAACAGCACCAGUAGAGAGGAAAACACACUCAGCACCAGCAAACCCUCAUCAUGCAAGAUUCCUCCGAAACUCUGUGACAUAAAAUCUGGUGUACAAAAAAUGACAAAGGAUUCAGACACAAAGGAGAACUCAGGUUCAGUCUGUCAAAGCCUGAUCUCACCAAAGACUCUGCUGAACGGGACAGCUGCCUCCCUGUGGGGACACAGCAGGAGGUCUUUCACAGCAGAGUCUAUCACCAAUAUUUCCUCUUCUGUUAUGAUAAAUUCACCACACAGUAAUAACAGCAGCAGCAGCAGCAGCCUUCUCCUGUGCUCGACUACUGUGGGCUGCCUUCCUAAUCUGCCUCAGACAAACCGACUCUCAAACACAGCAGGAGGAGAUGCGGAGGAAGAGGAAGGUGGAGAAGUUUUUGUGGAGACAGAAGACAGAUGUGGGUCGUAUGAUGAUGUGGUGGUGGAGGGUGAUAGUGAAUCUAUCAGUGAAAGAGAGGGAGGGUUUGAUGAUGAGUAUGUGUCAGGUUUUGACAGCAGAUGUCAUGUAGGGGAAGAGCCUGAAUAUACACACUCAGCAGGCCAUCAUGUCACAUUAAAAGACAAUACAAGAGGAAGAGUGAGCUUCAGCAACAACCCAGCAACUCAUACGAAGACAGGUGAAUCAUCAGCAACUUCUUUAUGUGCAAAUAACACGAGAUCCCACAUGAAUGACUCCAAUGCCUUUAAAGGAAUCGGGCAGCAUUCAACAGUCUCAGAGUCCAGCUUUAAUUUUGCUGUGCCAAGACCUCUGAACUCCAAAUCUAACCUGCACAAAGCAGGACUUCAAACCUCUGCACAAGUACGAGAGAAGUCCAAUGGAAGCAAUAAAAAGUCCAAAGCAAACACACCCUUUCUGUUCAGGCACAAACCCUUCAUCCCAGAGAAGACCUCCACCCCUUAUACUUCAUUUGUAAAACCCAAACCGGUCAUCACCCAACCCACAAAACACAAAGACACUCCUAAGUCUUCUUUUACCAUCUACACUGACCCUGAAAAACCCUCCUCUUCCUCCAUGUGUGGCUCUUUCAACACCCCAAAGAAUGCCCUCUCCUCUUUGUCCACCAACACGCUCUCCUCACGCACCAAUCGCUCCUUGAAUCCUGUGACAUUCAAAGGAGGACAGAAAAUCACAUCCCCUCUGUGUGCAUGCGGGCGUCGUGCCAAACGGCAAGUUGUGUCCAACGGUGGUCCAAACCAAGGGAGAGGGUUUUACUGCUGUCCCGUCCGCCGGUCAGGCAGCGGAGGACAGAUCAAGAAGGGGUGUGAGUUCUUUAAGUGGGAGUCAGCGCUGAUGAAGAGCAGCUCAGUGUCCUCUCCGGCUGUGAGGUCGUCUGUCUCACUCUGUCAGAUGAACUCGACGCUGAGGUUCGGUCCACAGCAGAGGUCAGUGAUGAGAAAGAGCUGCUGAGCUGUUUGUGGGGAGGAAUCUGAGGGUGCACUGAUCACAUCGCACAGACUGAUGUGACCAGUGCAGAGUUGAAUUCCACAAGGACUGCUCCUCAACAUUUGUUAAUCUUGUUUGACUUUUUAUGUUGUAAAUGCUGAAGAGGAAGACAAGCUUUUUCAGGUAUGAGCUGAAUAUGGAAGUAAGUAUCAAAGCUGCUAUUUCAUUGACACAGUGAAUGUUCACAUUAUCUUUUAAUUCUGUCUUUGAGUGCUUAUAAGCUUGUAUCAACUCAAACGGUCCUCUUUAACUUUAUACAUUUGUCAUCAUGAGAUAUUGAACACAUUUGAUUGUUGGACUAUUAGUAACACAAUUUUUUGCUAACAUGAAAAGGUAAAGUCAGCAUGAAUGGCCAUGGAGAUUAACUAACUACAUUUGAUAAUGUGAUGUUGUUGAUAUGAUUUUUAUUUAUUUUAUUAAACUGUUGAUUAACUUUACAUGUAAAAUGCUGCUAUGAUAUGUGCUUUGAAUACCAAAUGAAAUGUUCAAUGAAA